AUGCUGUUAGCAAAAAUUCCAGAUGUGGGAAAUACAGUCGAAAGCAUCAGUCAGUGGCUUAAGUUUAUUGAAUUGAUAUGGGGAAAAUUAAACUAUCCACUAGUGUGUUGGUCUGAAGGAGCGUCUCAACAUUUGCUUACUAUUUUGUUUAAUUUAUGGUAUUUAAAAUCACAACAAGUAAUAAAUAAUGAUGGGCAUAUAUUUAAGCAUGAAUUAAUUGAAUAUAUGAAAAGUCCAGAGGAACACUCACUAACGUCUGCAACUGCCUUUAUGAAUCAGCAACCUCAACAACCUGCAGCUAUAGCGGCAACAAAAACAGAAUCACUUGGGAGAUACAAUAUAGAUCAGAGUCAAGCGCGUAUUUGGUAUGCAGUGAGCAAAUCAAGAAUUUCUGACUUUGAUACAUUCGUGGUACGCUGUACGGUAUUACAAGAUCUGGCAUUGAAGUGGUAUAAUAGAAAUUCAUCAACGAUAAAGUCAUGGCCAGAUUUUGUAAUUAAAAUUAAGGAAGAAUUUGGAUCUAAAUCCUGGCAGCAAGAAGCAUUUGAAAAACUGAAAAAUUACCAGCAGACAGUAAGCCAGUCAGUGACUGAAUAUCAUGCAACAGUGAUGGAUAUUUGUCAUGAAAUUGAUCCACCAUCAUCGAAUGAUCAAAUUCUUCAAUAUUUAAUCUCAAACGUUAAACCGUCUUUGAAAAUAAAGAUUUUGGAAAAACAACCCAAAACAACGACAGAAUAUUUGCAUUAUACCAAAACAUUCGAACAUUUAGCAAAAUUGGCCGAAGAGGAAGUGACGUCAAUGCCAAGUAAUAUACGAAACGAGCAAGCUUAUAUUCGACCACCAAAACGAACAUCGCAACAACAGGAAUGA